GUUGCAUCGCCCAUCGCCGCAUCGUCCCGUGACCGGCAAUUGCACAGCAACUGCUCACGCCAUGUCAGCUACUGCUACCCGGCGCUCAACGCGUCGCACGGCGGCAGCGGCCGCCUCCGCCGAGUCUGCACACUCUGCUUCGGAGCAUUCGCAACAGGAGACGCCCCCGCCAGAGGUUCCCAAGAAGAAGGCCCGGAAAGCAAAGGCCGUCACCACCAAGGCUGACCCGCCGACCGCGACAGAGCCGCAACAAACAGUCACCAAGACUCGCGCUACGUCACGCGCAAAUGCCGCCUCGACCACCGCCACGGCUACCACCACUACUACCACGUUGGCCAAGACUGCGGCGACAACAACAACGACACCGGCGCCGCCCGUCGCGAGGAAGCUCACCAGAGCCAGUCGCGCGGCAGUCGUAGAGGCCGGCGGACAGGCCUCACCACAGCGCAGCUUGGACGAGGUCAGGCCCGCGAAGCGUCCACGCAACAGCACCCAGCCCAAGGGUACCAGUGAGAAACGAAGGGCAUCGACCGCGAAACUGGCGUCUAAGAACGUGACCAACGAGGAUGAGAAUGGAGACGGCGAAGGUCUCUUCUUCACAACGAAAUUCGACAGCGAACUAUUAAGCACGACCGAGCCGCCUCCAGCCCAGCCUGUCUUUGUGAAUGGCUCAGAGUCUGCCCUUGCUCUUCUCAACAAGAUUGAGAAGUCGGCAAAAGAGAUUUCGCGCGUUGAGCCCGCAAUUAAAGACAGUGAGACACAUUCCGACAAUGAAGCUAAUAUGGAACCUACGCCGUCACAGUCCGCGAAAAGGACAUUUACCCAAGUCUCAGCCACGCCCGAUCGUGCUGUCGAGAAAGCCUCAAAUAUCUUCAGCAGGUCCUUUUCCGCCUUGAAAUCCCGAUUCUUCUCCAGCCCCAAACUCCCGCCUACCUCUGAGGUUACUUCGCCCACCCCCACUAAGCCUUUACCACCCAAGGAUACGUUGACAGAAACGCUUUCGCUUCCGCCCACACCUGUUGGUGAGCGUGUCAAGACACCAAACAAAAGGCGCGCACCGACAAAUACUAUGAUGAAGGUAUUACUCAAGGGCGUCGAUCAGGAAGACAAGCGCAAGGCCGAAGACUGGGCUAGGCAAGUCAUUCCUGAGCUCAGAAACGAUCUUGCGUUCCGCGAGAAGCGCAGGCGACUUGAGACGCCUGUCCUAUGCAAAGAUCUCAAUUUCUUUCCAUCGGCCAAGCCCUGGGAAACUGGCUUCGGCGAUCCACUGGGUGAUUUGGACGACGACGAUGUCGUCCCAGCCUGGGCUGUCUAUCUUGACAUGAAAGCCGAGGAAGAGGAGCACGCCGCUAAGAGACACAAAAAGACUCGCAAGAGCAUCGCAGGAGACGAGGAGGUUCCCACCAUUGACGAACAGUUUGCUGCUAGCACUGGAGCGCGCAUGUCACCCAAGCUUUACAACAGCCAUGGCCACUCGGCUUCUCUCUACGACAUCCGUCCCCGUCGUUCAAUAGACCCCUCUCCAAUGUUCUCCAACUUGUUUUCACACAGUGAAGGUGGCAAUAUCUUUAGCGAACUUCAAGGUCAGGAGACUGCUGCAAAAAUUCGUGAGAAUGACCGUGAAACCCUCAAGAGCGCGACUAAAGAGACGGUCCAUACUCAGACGCAAAAGUCUGUGGGAACUUCAUUCAGUGUGCCUGAUGACUCUGAUGAGGAAGACGCGACUACAGAGACCGAGACGCCUGAUGCUGAAGCUACCCCAAUCUGGACCCAGCCACCACCACCCGCUCCUGUCCCCGCACACGCACCGUUGCCGGGAGGAUCUGCAGCCGAGCCACCUCUCAGCCCUCCGAGCCAACAGCCAGUGGACGAGAUUGAGCGCCAGCGUCAAAGACUCAUGAAGCACACACCUGCUAAGCCUUCUCGUCUUCGUGAAGCUACCUACCCGUCACCAAGUGUCUUCUCAGACGCUGGCAACGAAUCUAUUCUUGCCGCUACCCCUGUUCAGGUCCCUGCUUCUGCAGCUUCCAUGUUUGCUGACAUGCCGACCGCGGAAACCAUUGAGCUCGAUGAUGAAUGUCAGGCUGCUUUCAACGAUCUCAUCAACUCGGAUGAAUACAAGCAAAUUGCAGCCAAAGCCUGGCCCGCAGCUACUGUCACCUACGAUUCAGACGAGGAGGAGCUCAGUCCCGCCUCUGCCUAAUUUCUUGUAUCGCAUUGCAUUGUCUUUGCUUUUAACCUUCUUGUCCACAAAUUGAGUACAGACGAACCGGACUGGCGCUCUCGCCUUGGGAACAUGUUUCCUAUAUUGCAUUGUUCGGGUAUUUGCAUAGCCAGGGGUUAUUGUCGUUAUUCAUUUUAGUUUGCUCUUCUUCGCGUGUAGUAUAUAUUAGGCGACGGGCUCCUUUUUUUCUGAUGGCGUUUUGUUAGGGGCAUAAAAGACGGAUGAUUCAUGAUUG